AUGGUAGACUCGACAAUGUCGGACGCCGACAAGAUCCGGCAGAAGCGUCUUGCAAAGCUAGGAGGGGCGCCAUCAGCAGCUCCAACACAAGCUGGGGACCCAUCAGCCGAAAGCAACUUAACCCCUGCGACCAGCUCCACACCCAUACCACAAGCAUCACAAGAGGCAUCGAAGCAGUCACCACCCGCUAAUGGCACUGCAAACCCUUUCACACAGCUUGGUAUGAAGCAGGAGCAAGAGGCGGAGAAAAAGGCCGCACCACAGAUCAAGAUCCGGCCACGACCAGAUGCGCCACGACCACGAUCAAGGACACGCGAGACUGAAAGCUUGGAAGUAUGGCAGGACAGAAACAUGCGAGCCGUGUUCCGUGUCACACUACAGCCCGAGGAUGUCAAGGACAGUCACGGCCAUCAACUUGCUUUCCUUACCAGUACGAGAGAUGAUCUGGAGGAAAGCAGUCAGCCACUUCUGUUGAACACGGAAAUCCUCGAGGGCGCGAUCACGGAGGCAGCAAGCAAAGCACCUCGUGGCAAGCCCUUCGAGUAUCUCCUGUCGUGCUUCAAGCGGGUGAGCAGAGGUCUGCGAGAGGGCAGAUUCAGUGGUGAUGUGGAUGCAAAGCGCACCAUCCUUAAGGAGGCCCAGCGAUUAUGCAUGUCUUACUGUAUCUUCGCUGUGACUAUGCCAGAGAUGUUCGGGGAGAACGUGUCGCCCGUCAAUCCACUUGUCGACCAUCUGCUGCAGGAGCCGGAAAGUGAUUUCGGUAUCUGCACGGAUUUCCUGACAGAGGCUAAGAACCGCAUGGAGGAAGAAGAUGGCAUGAAAGAGGCUCUGAUAGGUGCGGCGGAGGAGCUCAGCCGGCAACUCGCAUCCCUAGAUCUUAACGGUAACUACAGGAACCAUGUCGUGGCUUUGCGGAAUCUUGUGCGCUUCAAGGAGAUUGCUGCAGUCAUCACAGAAUCACCAAUGUUCGCACCCAAACAUGUUGCUGCACAGGACAUUGAGACGCAAACUCUCUUGGGACCUUUCUUUCGUCUGUCCCCAAUGCAGCUUGAGGUGGCGAAGAACUACUUCUCAUCGCCAAAGACCCGCGAUCGGAAUUUCAUCGCAUCGGCACAGAAUGCUCUCCGUAUGACGCUACGCGAGCACCAAGAUCAGCUAGCCAUGCUCGCCGAGGUCAUUGUGAAGUCUAGCCCGGCUGCUCGAGAGAGGAUGCUUGACUGGUUUGCCCUUUGCGUGAACAAGAAUCAGAAGAAGCGUGCUAUGAGAGUGGACUACAAGACAGUCUCCUCGGAUGGCUUCAUGCUCAAUGUCACGAACGUGCUCGAUAGACUUUGCGACCCAUUUAUGGAUGCGCAAUUCGGCAAGAUCGACCGUAUCGAUGCGAACUAUCUGCGAAGACAGCCGCGCGUGGACAUCAGCGAAGAGACCAAGAUCAACGCAGAUCAGAAGACUGCGGAUGCCUUUUAUGGGCAGGAAGUAGAGGGUACCAAUAACUUCAUCUCCGAGGUCUUCUUUCUGACUGUCGCUUCACACCACUACGGCACUGAGGCUGCACAGGAGCGUUUACAAAUCAUGCGCAAGUCAGUAAAGCGCUUAGAGCAGGAUCUGGCGUCAAUGGAAGGCGACCGAGAGAAAUUCGCAAGCGAUCCUAGAUAUCUUGCUAGGUACGAGCAAGCGCUUGCAAAGUACAAGGAACAAGUCGACGACACAUGGUCACUUAUACACUCCACCUAUGGCGUACUUUGCGACGACGUGAGUCAAGCACGAAGCAUGCAGUUUAUGCGUUAUGUCAUCGUCUGGAUCUUGCGACUAGCUUCCGGUCAGAACGUGCCUCAGCAGGCACUACAACUUCCGCUGCCCGAAGAGCAACCAGACGUCUUCAAGUGCCUGCCCGAGUACUUCCUCGAGGAUAUUGUGGACAAUUUUAAGUUCAUUGUCGGCAAUAUCCCACACAUCAUCACGCCACAACAGUCCGAGGAGAUUGUUCAGGUCUGUGUGACCUUCCUGAGGAAUACGGAGUACGUCAAGAACCCUGGUGUGAAGUCAGGACUCGUCACAAUUCUCUACUAUGGUGUACAGCCGUACUCCCGCAACAGCUCCCGAGGCUUACUUGGCGAUCUGCUGAUCAGCUCUCCUUUCGCCCACAAGCACUUGCUUCAUGCGCUCAUGAAGUUCUACAUCGAAGCCGAAUCGACUGGUACGCACACACAAUUCUACGACAAGUUCAAUAUUCGCUACGAGAUCUUCCAGGUCAUCAAGUGCAUAUGGGUAAACACGAUGUACCGUGAGAAUCUCGCCAAGGAGGCCAGAAUCAACACAGACUUCUUCGUACGCUUCGUCAAUAUGAUUGUCAACGAUGUGACUUUCGUGCUCGACGAGAGCUUGACCGCCUUCACCAAAAUCAACGAACUAACUACCGAGGUUAAUUCGCCUUCCUUUGCAGCUCUGGACGAGGACCAGAAGAAGGAGAAGACGGAGCUUCUAGAGGAUCAAAAGGGCAAGGCCAAGAGCUACAUGUCUCUCACACGCGAGAGCAUGGAGACUUUGAUCCUGUUCACGGAAGCACUACCGGAAGCCUUUACGAUGGUGGAGGUCGUGAACAGGCUCGCAGCUAUGUUGGAUUCCAACCUCAACAUCCUCGUUGGCGACAAACGCGCCAAUCUUAUCAUUGUGAAUCCACAGGAGUACAAGUUCGACCCGAAGGCUCUACUCCAGGAUAUCGUCAAGGUCUUCAUCAACUUGUCCGGCAGGGAUCUGUUCGUCAACGCCAUCGCUACAGACGGUCGUUCCUACAAACCCGAAAACUUCCACAGCGCAGCUAAGCUCAUGACGGAAAAGGUAUACAUGGCACCCGAGGAGAUCAAUGCCUGGAACAAUCUCGGUCAGAAGGUAGCCGAGCACGCCGCAAACCUAGCUCAGGAAGAGGAGGACCUCGGCGAGCCACCAGAUGAGUUCUUGGACCCGUUGAUGGCGGACUUGAUGACGGAUCCUGUUAUCUUGCCUUCGAGCAAGACGACGAUUGAUCGUGGUACUAUCAAGUCCCAUCUUCUCUCUGAUGCUACCGAUCCUUUCAAUAGGGCACCGUUGAAGUUGGAGGAUGUUAUUGAGGAUGCGGAGAUGAAAAGGCGGAUCAAUGAGUGGAGGCAGGAAAGGCUUGCGGCAAGGAGGGCGGAGAAGGAGGCCGCCGCUGCUGCCGCUGAUGCUGGCGGAGGGGAGGCGAUGGACACGAGUCAGUAG